GGUCGGUUGAGCCUCCCGCUGUCGCUCGCGCUGGUCGCGCCUCGUCCCGCCCGUCCCGUCCCGUCUUCAGUCCUAAGCGAGCCGCCUUUGCUCACGCGCCGCCAGAGCCGCCCGCCAAAGCCCGCGCCCGCCGCCAUCCCGGCCGCCCUGCACCUCGCGCUCUCGUGGCCGCCCUCCCCUCCACGGUCGUCGUCCUGAGGACGUCCUCGCCGGGACCCCGCAUACGCUGUGGCACGCAGCACUGUGAUGUGUCAUGGCUAGCGCCGUUCCCCGGACCGCCCAGGAGGGUCGCCAACGCUCCCGCCCCCGCCGUCAGCUCAGCUGACAGUUCGCCACAGUCCAGCCGGGCCGGCCCCGACCCGCCCCGCCGCCAGUCCGUACUCGCGCUCAACUGACCGAGUCUGGUCCCAACGGCACCGCCAUGAUCGACAGCGAGUUCCAGCCCCCGCCACCCAAACUGCAGCGGCUAACAAUGUUGGACGGUUGGUCUGGAGGUAGUGAGGAGAUAAUGCAGUGUGAGAUGGCCAAUGAUAAUUUCUUGAGCUCCCACAACUCGAGUAACAACAUGGAGACAAGCAGACCUCUGAGACAGUGGACAUUCCAUGUUACGGCCAACAACAUUGCUCGAGGUGAGACAAUGUGUCUCACUGGCAGUUGUUCAGAGCUCGGUAGCUGGAAAAGCUGUGAUGUGGUUCCCAUGACUCGCCUCAGUCCUGAAGAUAGGGACAGUGACUGGACAGUUACCCUCAUGAUUCCAUCUGAUGAGCCCGUGGAGUACCGUUACGCUGUUUGUGUCAUACUUGAGCCUGAUGGUGUAAGGUAUCAAUCAAGACAUGUCAUUGUACGUCGAUGGGAAACCAAUGUUAUUCCUCGCAUUAUUAAAGAACAAGGGCCUCAACAACAUGUAGUUGACGAAUUUGGCCACUAUGACCACUAUCAGCGUGUUGAUCGAGGAUGGUUGACAACUCAAACUGCCAUCCAACUUAAACUCUUUAACAACCCAAUACAGAUGUGGAAGUCAAAACUCCAGGGUGUUAAGUUGUUUAUUAAAGUAACUCCAGUGAACUUGACCCGUAGUUCAUCAUCAGUCGAAUCCGUCUAUGUUGGUGAGAACAAUUUAGAUGAGAGCUUAGGUAUUGAUACUCAAGAUGGACCUCAGCAAACUGAUAACUGGCCCAUUACAGAAGUAGCGGUAAUGAAGCCUGGAGAAAGUGAAUUUAAGCCACAAAAUCAGUUUGGCUGCCCGUACAACAAAGAUGACGUCAUGAAUUUUAUGAUAAGCCUUCACAACCCUGAUAUGGUGGCUUAUCUGAUGGACUUCUACGCAUACAGUAACAGAAUGUCUGAUGGAGAUCCUCCCUAUCAUGUUGGUUUCAGCUACAUUCUUCCCAUUACUCUAAAGCAGAGCCUAGGGCAAACCAUUGUUCCUAUUACAAACACACAUCAGAGGCCAAUUGGACAAGUGGCAGUGGAGUAUGUGGUGAUUAAUCCAAUUCCUGGUUUUUGGUGUGACAUGAGCACUUCUUUCACUCGCCAUUGGAAACAGAAUUGGCUUGGCCUGGAUGUAGGUCACAGAGGUUUGGGCAACUCUUUCAAGCAGUUCAAGACCAAAGAGUCCAACGGUCAUGGUUUCGACAACAGAGCUGUUGGAGAAGUUAUUAAGCGAAGUUGUCCGGAGGUUCGAGAAAAUACAAUUGCCUCCCUGAAGACUGCUGCUUCAUUUGGUGCUGACUUUGUUGAAUUUGAUGUUCAACUCUCCAAAGAUUUGAUCCCUGUCAUCUACCAUGAUUUUCAUGUGUACAUCUCUAUGAAGCGAAAGAAUGAUUCCAAUGAUAUGGAGCUGCUAGAGCUGCCUGUGAAGGAGUUGACCUUAGAACAGCUGCAUUUGUUAAAGGACCUCAGUUACCCCAAAAGCAUCAGCAAAGUUCUUCACUUUAGUGAUAUGGCGGAGGUGUAUCACCAGAAGGAAAGUGAAGAAAAGUGCCAGAUAAUUUUUGAUGAAGAUUUGGAGGAACAUCAGCCUUUCCCAACCCUUCAGCAGGUGCUGGAAGCUCUGGACCCACAUGUUGGCUUUAAUAUAGAAAUCAAGUGGACAAUGCAACUCAAGGAUGGUACCUAUGAGCUCAACCACCCUUUUGACAUAAACAUGUACUUGGACACAGUACUUACAACAGUUCUGCAGCAUGGUGGCUCAAGGAAAAUUGUGUUCUCCUGUUUCCACCCUGAUAUCUGCACCAUGAUUCGACUCAAACAGAACAAGUAUCCAGUUAUGUUUUUGACUCAAGGUGUCACUGAAAAGUACCCCAUGUACAAUGACCCAAUCUGCCAAACAAUACCAAUGGCCAUCCAUUUUGCCGUUGGUGCCAAUAUUUUGGGCAUAAAUGUUCAUACUGAAGAAAUUUUGAGAGAUGUAUCUCAGGUGAAGAUGGCAAAAGACGCAGGCUUAGUUAUUUUCUGUUGGGGUGAUGACAACAAUGACGCAUCUACAAUCAAACAUUUGAAAGAGCUAGGGUUACAUGCAGUUAUUUAUGAUAAGAUGGAUCAGUACAACUCAAAAGAAGUAAAAGAAAGCAUCUUUCUUGUUGAAGCCCGAUCCCAGAAAGAAAUUCGUAAAAUUGCAUCAGAUGCAUCACUAGAUUUGCCUGAUAUGGCAGCUCAUCAGCAAAGCAAUGGGAAGUUCAAGCGGGACUUGGACUCUACUAUAUCAUCAAUGUCGAACAUGUCAUCAUCAUCAGCUAUGUGGCCUUCUAAUGGAGUUCCGAAUGGAAGCUCUGUUAAUAACCCCGGCCGGUCCGGCUCUUCUGGUGCCACAGCAUCGUCAAACAAUUCCGAUAAUUCUAUGACAUGGUCAAAGCCGACACUUUCUGCUAAUGAAUGAUCCAUCUUGCAAGUGGCUUGUUUCCCAUCUUGUUACUUUUUCUUCAAUUAGUAGACACAAAUUAUAGGUUUUAUAUCUAUCCCUCUUGGUAAAGGCAUAGAAGACAGUACAUCAAUAUUUAUUACUAUUACUAUUCAUACUUUAAAAGUGUACUCUUAGAGUGGACUGCCUUACUUGUAUUCAGUAUUUUUUAGAAGAAUGUUUUGAAGUUGAUGAAUUUAUUCCUAAGUGCGGUAGACUAGCUUGUGUCACUUGGAUGGUUUCAAUAAUUUAGCCUUAAUGUAGAGUUGUUGGUCACCUUAUGGUUGAUAGUGAAAAAUACAGUAACUAAAAGUUAAUCUAAUCUAAUCUAAUUAAGGAAUAAAGGAGAUAGUGAAAUUGUGAAUUAUUUACUUUAGUGCAAUUGCUCAGUAUUUUGGUGGCGUUUUACAGAGACAUUUGCUAUUUUAUCUCAGAUUGUAUGUUGUUCUCACGAGGGGCAGGAAAGACAAAGCUCUUUUUUUUUAACUCUCCUGCCACUCCUAUCUUGACAGAUACAACUAUUUUAUAUAUUUUAACCCCAAAAUUGUACAAAUUUAAGGUAUAGGCUAACCUGGUUUUAAUUUGUGUACCAAUUUUUAUUGGGGCUCAAAUGAAUUAGGGAAAUAAUUAUUGUAAUGACCGGAGCAGGGAUUUUCAAGUUGCUGAUGAUAUUACAUUUUAAUUUAAGGGUUCUGUCUGCAAAAUGUAGGAAAAGCAGCUCUUAAAUAUUGCUUUCUGCUGUGUUGUUUCUUAAUAAUUGUCUAUUUUUACUGCGCCGAAUUAUGGACCGUGUCGAGCUAUCCAACCUUUCAUGAUUGUAAUAAUGUUAUCUAAUCGUUUAAUACUAUUAGUUUGUAAGUGUCAAAGAGCUUUAAAUCAAGUUAAGUAUGAAGUGGAACUAAUUCUUCUAAAUUAUUGUAGAUCUUGUGUGAUUGGUUUUUUGAGGUACAAAUGUAUCUCAAAUAUUACUGUGUGUGCAGUCGAUGGUUUUUCAGCAACCUAUACACUUUUUCACAUCAGCUUCUAUUUAUUUAAAUUACCUCAUGGCACUAUUUAGCCAGAUGUGGUAGAGGCAGUUCUGACUCAGGACCUUUUCUAGGUUUAGAUAUAUAGGGUCAAGUAUAGCUCUAUUAUAUUUUAACAGUUUUAAUCUUAACAUUGUGAAUGUUAAAUAAAAAAAUCAUGUUGGUCAAUGUCAAUGGUAUGUGGUCUCAAGUUCAAAUGAAUUGUACUUACUAUUCACUUAACGAUAAUUUUGUCUAUCAACUGCAUUGUUUUUCUGAAACUGGCAUUUUUAAAAAAGAAAAGUUGUGGUUUCUUAAACAGUUUUCUAUAAUGUUACUUUCUAAGUGCACUUCUGUAAGUGUUGGAAAAAAAAAAAUGAAACAAUUUUGUGUGAUCUGACCACUGUAUGUAAUUUCAUAUUUAUAGCAUUGAUAUGCAUGUGUCAGUUAUUAGCUGUGAGAUGUUUGUAUUUUAACGUGCCUGACAUAUAUUUUCAUAUUUUUCUCGCUAA